UGGGAUCUGAACAUGGCGGCGGUGGUAGCUGCUACGGCGCUGAAGGGCCGGGGGGCGAGAAAUGCCCGCGUCCUCCGGGGGAUUCUCUCAGGAGCCACAGCUAACAAGGCUUCCCAGAACAGGACCCGGGCACUGCAAAGCCACAGCUCCCCAGAGUGCAAGGAGGAGCCUGAGCCCCUAUCCCCUGAACUGGAAUACAUUCCCAGAAAGAGGGGCAAGAACCCAAUGAAAGCUGUGGGACUAGCCUGGGCCAUCGGCUUCCCCUGUGGUAUCCUCCUCUUCAUCCUCACCAAGCGGGAAGUGGACAAGGACCGUUUGAAGCAGAUGAAGGCUCGGCAGAACAUGCGGGCAUCCAACACGGGCGAGUAUGAGAGCCAGAGGUUCAGGGCCUCCUCCCAUCAUGCCCCGACUCCUGAAGCUGGGUCCGGGGUGCAGUGGUGAGGAACACUGCAACCCUCCCUUAGACUGUAUUGAUUGUGGCCUCCAGACUGUCAAGUCCUUUCUGGUCUUUGCCUCUGAGGCCCACCAGAGGGCGCCUGAAGCCCAGGCUGCUGCCAGCCCCAUCCCUCCCGAGAAACCAGCCAAAGGCAAAUAAAGUUACUGAGCGUUUGAGUGGAAAGGAA